AUGUCACGGGGCCCCCUGUGGGCCAUCGCCCCCGCCCAGAGCUUCACCCCGGGCCGCAAUGCCUACAUACCUAUCGUGUCGGGCGUGCCGCCCCCGCGUCUGCCGCCUGGGGUGUCGGCCUCAUCCGGCUUCCGGACCGUCGUGCGUGUUGCUGCCCCCUCCCUGUUCAUGGGCAUCCCCUCAUGUCUCAUUCCCCCCAUUCCCCAGUACGAGAGCAGCUACCUACGCUUCACAGGCCUGCGCCUGCGCUGCCUGGUGGCCACCGAGGGCGACGCGCUGUGGAACCGGGUGCUGGACGCCAUCGCGGCGCUGCAGACCACGGUGGGCCUGCCCGCCGAGCAGGCGCGCCGCGCUGCCGAGGCGCUGCAGGCCACGCAGCGUCGCCUGGAGGCGGCGGGGGAGGCCUACGUGGCGCUGACCGCAUUCGUGCGGCACAACGUGGCGGCCUGCGCCAAGCUGGCCGCCGCCUACGACCACCUGGCUGACCUGGUGACGGGCGCAGAGGGCUCGCUGGAGAGCGGGACGCGGCUGUACCUGGCCUGCCUGCAGCAGUGCGUGGUGGGCCACGGCGGGCUGGAGGCCAUCCUGGUGGCGCUGUCGGACGCCUGGGAGCUGCUGCGCCACUGCCGCGCGCACAACGCGGCGCUGACGGCCUACCCCUCCGGCCGCUGGGUGGCGCCCCAGAAGUUCACGCGCGUGACGCGCAAGUUCUGGAUGCGCGCCUGCGACGCGCCCGCCUUCAAGGCGGAGGUGAUCAAGCACCUCCCCGUCCUCAUCUACGGCGACCGCGCCAAGUUCACCGAGGGCGACGUGGAGGCCCGGCGCUGCCUGGCCGGCGCCGCACACGUCGCCGACGCCGCGGCGGUCACCUCGGUGUACUUUGACAACCCCGAGGAGCUGCCGGUGUACCACGCGCGCCUGCGCCGCGCCGACGGCGCCACGGCGGUGCGCCUGCGCUGGUACGGCGAGCGCGCCGCCGCCUCGCCCGACCAGGAGAUCUUCGUGGAGGAGAAGGUGCAUCGCGAGUCCUGGACCGACCACUUCUCCUCCAAGGAGCGCGCGAGGCUGGUACAGGGCGAGGUGGCCGCGUUUCUGGCGGGGCAAGACGUUGGUGGGUCGCGCCCUGCCGAGGACGCCGCCCUCCUGGCCCGCGUCCAGGCGUUCCUGGCGCGCGAGGCUCAGGGGCCCUUUUUGCGGACCACCUACCAGCGCACUGCCUUCCAGGCCAGCGACUCGGCGGCGGUGCGCAUCUCCAUGGACUCCGACCUGCGCAUGAUCCGGGAGGCGGGCGCGCCGCGCGCGCGGGACGACUGGUGCCGCGACCUGACCCGCCCCCUGGCCCCCGCCGACAUCGUCAACUUCUCCUUUGUGGUGGUGGAGGUGAAGCUGCAGCGCAAGGCCCCGGAGUGGCUCACCCCCCUGCUGAAGUCCGGCAAGCUCCUGGCCGUGCCCAAGUUCAGCAAGCACAUCCACGGCACCGCCGUCCUCUUCCAGCUCCUGACCGAGAACGUGCCGCACUGGUUCCUGCCGGACGCCGCCAACCCCAGCCUGAUGACGCCCGCCACCUGGCACGAGCUGGCGGACAAGUCGGACGCGCUGCUGCGGGACGCCGCCUCUUGGCUCUUUCCCAGCGCUGACGGGGGCCGGCGCCGCGACGCCGAUCCCGACCCGGAUCUCGCGCCCAAGGCCUCGCUUCUGCGCCGCCUGGCGCGGCGCAACCGUACCGCCCCCGUCCUGCUGCAGCCCGGGGUCAAGGAGGCGCGGGCCGUCGAGGAGGCUGGACACGCAGACGCGGCAGAGCACGACAUCCUGUCGGGCUCUGCUGCGCACGCGCGCAUGCCCACCUGGCCCGUGUUUGCGGCGGGGGAGGCGCUGCCGCCACCGCCGACGUGCGCGGGCCCUGGCGACGGCGCGGCACACCCCACGCGCACCCCCACGCCACCGCCGUCCGCCUUCACCGGGCCCAGCUCCACGCCGCAGCCCUCCGUCUACCCCGUGUCGCAGCUGGUUGCUGUGCCCAUGAUGCUCACGCCGCGCUCCUACCACGGCAACAGCGGCGGCCGCGAGGACAACGGCGCCGGCGCGCUGCAGCGCCACUCCUCCUCCUCGGAGCAGGGCCCCGGGAACGGCAAGGCCAAGAACACGGGGUCCUCCACGCCAGAGGACAGCGCGCGCGACCUGGAGGCUGGACGGGCGUUGCUGGGCUCCGCGGGCGACCUCAAGGUCCUGGGGGGCCAGGAUGCCGUGACCCUGGCGGCCACGCGCUCGGGGCGCGUGCAGGCGCUGGUGCGCACGCGCGUCGAGCCCAAGACCUUCUUCGCCAACGAGCGCACCUUCCUGGCCUGGCUCCAGAUCUCAGUCCUGGUCAUGCUCACCGCGCUUUCCCUGCUCUCCGGCUCCUCCAUCUCCGUCCCUGGGGCGGGGUCCGCCAGCGGCGGGUCCGAGGCGUCCUGCACCGACGGCCGCUGCUUCGCCUCCAAGGUGUCGGGCGCCAUCAUCGCGCCGGUGGCCGUCCUCUUCAUGGCGUACGCGCUGUACAUGUACAAGAAGCGCACCAUCCAGAUCAUGCGCCGCGAGACGGUCCGCUACGACGACCAGCGCGGCCCCGUGGCCCUGGUCAUCAUCCUGAUCCUGGUCACCCUCAUCUCAUACAUCAUAUCCCUGGUUUACGGCUUCUAG